AUGGAAAGCGCUUUCGCCCAUGCAGGAAACCACUUAAUAUCCGAUUCUGCUGCUGCAAUCAAUGCGGGUGCAGAUGAUCUCUCAGAUAUUGAUCCGGAUGAAAGCUUGUUAUAUGGACAAUAUGAAGGUCAUGUCAGUUUGGGAUCCAGCAGACGAAGGAACGAUGAUGAUGAUGACAACGAGACCGAAACAUUUGACGACGAUGAUAAUGAGAGUCUUGCAAGUGUUCCAGUCGAUGGUUUGAAAAUUACUGGACUUAGAGGUCCUGAGGAUGAAAAGGAACUACCAGCACACGCAUGCGCAUAUUGUGGAAUCCACUCUCCAAGCUGUGUUGUAAAGUGCCUGGGAUGCAACAAAUGGUUCUGCAGUGCCCGGGGAAAUGCUACAUCUUCACAUAUCGUCAAUCAUCUUGUUCGCGCAAGACACAAGGAAGUUCAAUUACACCCAAUGUCAACCCUCGGGGAUACUGUGCUCGAAUGCUACAACUGUGGUAUAAAAAACGUAUUCUUACUCGGCUUCAUUCCUGCGAAAUCUGAUACCGUCGUGGUUCUUCUAUGCCGUCAACCCUGCGCCUCUGCUCCAUCUUCGAAGGAUAUGAGUUGGGAUGUGUCCAAAUGGCAACCAUUAAUCGAGGAUCGAUCCUUUCUGACUUGGCUCGUCUCUCUUCCUACAGAUGCAGAACAACUUCGCGCCCGACAUCUCAACCCACCAAUGAUUGCGAAGUUGGAGGAGAUGUGGAAGGACAAUAUCAACGCUACCCUGUCUGAUCUGGAAAAAGCUGCUGGAAUUGAUGAUGACCCGGCCCCUGUCCUUCUCAAAUACGACGAUGCCUACCAAUAUCAGAAUGUCUUUGGACCUUUAGUAAAAAUUGAGGCAGACUACGACCGUAAGCUCAAGGAAGCCCAAUCUGAGGAUGGUUUGAUUAUUCGUUGGGAUUAUGGUUUGAAUAACAAACAUCUGGCAAGCUUCAUUCUUCCCAAGAUUGAGCUUGGUGAUGUAAAGUUAGCUGUAGGUGAUGAGAUGCGACUCAAGUACAAGGGCGAACUACGACCUCCUUGGGAGGGUGUCGGAUAUGUGGUUAAAAUUCCAAACAAUCAAUCUGAUGAAGUCACCAUUGAACUCCGAAAGGUCGGCAACGAUAAAUCGGUACCCACGGAAUGCACACACAACUUUUCGGCAGAUUAUGUAUGGAAGGCAACAUCUUACGACCGCAUGCAAUUCGCCAUGAAGACUUUUGCUGUGGACGAAAUGAGUGUAUCGGGAUACAUUUUCCACAAACUUCUUGGUCACGAGGUAGCUGCGGCUCCAAUGAAAAUUCAAAUGCCCAAGAAGUUUAGUGUUCCUGGUCUGCCAGAGUUAAACAGCAGUCAAAUCAAUGCCGUCAAGAGUGUAUUACAAAAACCUCUGAGUCUUAUUCAAGGACCUCCAGGAACUGGAAAGACGGUCACGUCCGCUACAGUCAUUUAUCAUUUGGCCAAGGUCAAUGAUGGUCAAGUCCUUGUAUGUGCUCCUUCUAAUGUUGCGGUCGAUCAACUAUGUGAGCGUAUACAUCGAACUCAACUCAAAGUUGUUCGUCUUACAGCCAAGUCCCGUGAGGAUAUCGAAUCAUCUGUUGGAUUUCUCUCUUUGCAUGAGCAGGUCCGCAUGAAUGACAGCAAUCAUGAGUUGGCCAAACUUACUCAACUGAAGAGCGAAUUGGGCGAAUUGUCAAGUCAAGAUGAGAAGAAGUUCAAGGCAUUGACAAGAGCUGCUGAACGUGAGAUUUUGAGUAAUGCUGAUGUCAUUUGCUGUACUUGUGUUGGAGCUGGAGACCCAAGGCUUGCCAAAAUGAAAUUCAGGACCGUCCUUAUUGAUGAAUCUACUCAAUCCGCAGAACCGGAAUGUAUGAUUCCACUUGUCCUAGGAUGCAAACAAGUCGUUUUGGUUGGAGAUCACGAACAAUUGGGCCCUGUCAUCAUGAACAAGAAAGCUGCAAAGGCAGGUCUGAACCAGUCACUCUUCGAACGUUUAGUCCAGCUUAAACUCAACCCCAUUCGACUCAAUGUGCAGUAUCGUAUGCACCCAUGUCUCUCUGAAUUUCCAUCCAAUAUGUUCUACAAUGGUACUCUACAGAAUGGUGUCACAAUGCAACAACGACUUCGUCGUGAUGUUGAUUUCCCUUGGCCUGUAGCCGAUACACCUAUGAUGUUUUGGUCCAAUCUUGGCAAUGAGGAAAUUUCUGCUUCUGGUACUUCUUAUCUUAACAGAACUGAAGCCUCAAAUGUUGAGAAGAUUGUCACCCGAUUCUUCAAAGCUGGAGUACAACCUGGAGAUAUUGGUGUUAUCACUCCAUAUGAAGGUCAGCGCAGUUAUGUUGUAACCUCUAUGCAGAACACAGGUUCUUUCAAGAAAGAGCACUACAAGGAGGUUGAAGUUGCUUCCGUUGAUGCCUUCCAAGGACGAGAGAAAGAUUUCAUCAUACUUUCUUGUGUUAGAUCUAAUGAUCAUCAAGGUAUUGGUUUCUUGAGCGAUCCUAGGCGACUCAAUGUGGCCUUGACACGUGCAAAGUAUGGUCUCGUCAUUGUUGGCAACCCAAAGGUUUUGUCCAAGCAUCCUCUCUGGCAUCACUUGUUGCAACAUUUCAAGGAUCGUAGCUGUUUCGUUGAAGGCCCACUUUCAAACUUACAACCCUCACUUCUACAAUUUAGUCGUCCAAAGACAACUUACCGUGGCCCACAACGUUAUCAAAUGGGAAUGCCCCACAACGGUCGGAAUGGCAACAACAAAGCUCCUCACCACCAGGAUUUCACUGAGACAGGUUCCAUGAUGAGCUCUGCUUUGGAUGAUGUUUCUUCAGUUCACUCAUCACAUCUUGGUGGGGUGGGUGUCGGAUCUGCCUAUCCUGCAGGCUUUGGCAACUUUCCUCUCACUGGCCUUGAUAAUUGGCCUGGUCUUGAUUCACGAGGACCACGUGUCAAUGGUCAAAAGGGGCGUGGCCGUGGAGCUGAGAGCGUUGCUGGAGAAUCUGUUGCCGCUAGUGAGUUCACUGAUGUCACCAGCAGUAGUGUCACAGAUGGCAGAGGCAUUGGUCAAGGUGGCGUUAGUCUCGGUGCCAGCGUUCACGGAGGACAGAAGCAAACUAGUUUGAGUCAAUCUGACCGCUUGAAGCGAUAUGUCGAGUCAGGUGGUCGUAUUGCUGACUAUAAAACUGGUGAUGCUGGUAGUGUCUUUGGCACGAGCUCUUUAUUGAGUGGUCGUCGAUUCGAUGAUGACGAGAAGAGUGUUUCUACUGCAUUUGCAAGCCAAAUGGGAGGGAUUUAUGACUGA